GAUUGCCUCUGACAAUCUCAUCCUUAAAGAAUUAUUUGCCAUAGACUUUAAAGCAUUUACCAACUUAAUUUAUCACUUUUCUUUUGAAAAUGAGUCUGAAAUUCGAACUUGGUCCUGGCAGGAUGAUCGGUGGUUCUAACCCCUGUUUCAUUAUUGCAGAAAUUGGACAGAACCACCAGGGAGAUAUUGAAAUCGCAAAGAAAAUGAUCAAGAUGGCCAAGGACUGUGGGGCAGACUGCGCCAAAUUUCAGAAGAGUGAACUUGAGUACAAGUUCAACAAGCGUGCCCUGGAGCGUCCCUACACCUCCAAACAUUCCUGGGGAAAGACGUACGGUGACCACAAACGCCAUCUAGAGUUCAGUCACGAACAAUAUAGAGAGCUCCAGAAAUAUGCAAAGGAGGUUGGAAUCUUCUUCACCGCUUCUGGGAUGGACGAGAUGGCUGUGGACUUCCUGGAUGAGCUUGAUGUGCCCUUCUUCAAAGUUGCCUCAUGCGAUGCCAACAAUUUCCCCUAUCUGGAACUGACUGCAAGAAAAGGGCGGCCUAUGGUGAUAUCCAGUGGGAUGCAGUCGAUGGCGACAAUGAGACGGGUCUAUCAGACGGUCAAGGAACACAAUCAGAACUUCACCAUCCUACAGUGCACCAGUGCCUACCCAUUGGACCCUGAGGAUGUCAACCUACGUGUCAUAGCAGAAUACCAGAAGGAAUUCCCUGAUAUUCCCAUCGGAUAUUCUGGCCAUGAGAGGGGAAUCAGCAUCACUGUGGCAGCAGUGGCAAUGGGGGCAAAAGUCGUGGAGCGUCACGUGACCCUGGACAAGAGCUGGAAGGGCAACGACCACGAGGCGUCACUGGAGCCUUCUGAGCUGACAGAGCUAGUCAGGGCCAUCCGCUUGGUGGAGCGGGCCCAAGGCACGGGCAUCAAACAGAUGCUACCCUGUGAGAAAGCCUGCCAUGUCAAGCUGGGGAAGUCAGUGGUGGCUAAGGUGGCGAUACCCAAAGGCACGGUGCUGAGUAUGGCUAUGCUGGGGGUGAAGGUGGGCGAGCCGAGGGGCGUCUCUCCUGAAGACAUGGGUCAGCUGGUGGGCAAGGCCGUCACAGAGGACGUGGAGGAGGAUGGGAGCAUCACGCCACGUAUGGUGGACGUCUACAACAACAAGGGCUGACAAACACGUUAACAUGCUGACUAGACUAGUGUUAUGAUACUGAUGGUCUGUUUACAUUUCCACCAUUUUGGCUAGAUUGAGUAGGCAUACAUCUUCAUCUAGUGGUCAUGUCAGUAUUGUAGCAAUGCCUAACCCCAAUUAUUUCCCUCACUUUAACCUCAGUCUCAUAACCUGCUGUUAUUUCACCAAACCUAAUGUGUUGGUUCCCCUAAUCAGCCACGUUAAUUCACCUAACCUGCCACUUUAAUUACCGCAACCCGCUAUGUAAACAGACCAUCAAUCCGACAUAUGAUCAGUAUCACCAGACGGCCACGUUGCGUGCUGGGGUGUCGCAAAAUGAAUGUACCCAUUAUUCAAUCAUUUAACUGCUCAUGCGCAUCAAUGGGCAUAGCCAGACGAUAAAUAGAACUUGGUUCCAUUUCAGACCCUUAAUGCCUGCAAGUCCCGCCUCUCCCAUCUACUCAUUGGUUUUCACGAGCAUACUAGCCCACGUGGGUGAUUGAAAGAUGAACGAGAAGAGAUUAAUCAAAGAACGCUGUCUAAAAACGAACUAGGUUUCCCCUUUCAUCUGUGGAUUAAUUGUCGGAGUAGAGAACAUGAUUUUGUAUGACAACAAAAAAUUCUGCAAAGAUUCAGCAAAAAAAGGGACCCCAUAUUUAAACUAACAAACCAAUGUUUAUGUGCCAGGGCAAAUUAGCUAGCAAUAGUUAAAUUACAUUAAAUAUCCGUGAAUGAGUCGUGUGUUUCAACCUGUCCCCAAAUUAAUAUACUGUAGUUUGUUUUUCUAAUUUAACCUGCUUGUCAUGAACGUCUCUGAUGGGGAUAGUCGAAAUCAACAUUUCAGGGGGCUGGUUUGGUGAAGCGGCCACACGCAUGCAUUCGCAUGUUGAUUUUGUCCAUCCACAUCAGAUGCGAUCAUGACACUCAGGUGAAAAUAUCAAAAGCAACUGUGAACAAACUAUAUUCAUUUGUGGACAGUUCGAAACAAUCAUGGACAUUUAGGUCGCUAUCUGUUGCUAGAUAGUUUGUCCUGGGAGAUGAACAUUGAGUUGUUAUUUUGCCUGACAUGCAUAUUUUCCUGAAUUUAGCUGGUUCUUUGUACAAUUUUGACCCGGAGUCGUACAAAAUCGUGUGUUUCUCUACUCCAACGAUAAAUCCCCACCACAGAUGAAAAUAGAAACCUAGUUAAUUAUCUUUAAUGAAUCUCUCCUCGUGUAUUUCAAGAAUCAACGUGUCUUUGUAUCUUUUCCCUGAGAUCCAAUAAGGAGGCGACAGUCAACACACAGUGCAUCUCAAAUAGAACCAUGUUCUAUUGUAGCUCUUGGCUACGCAGAAGCAGGCGAGAGAUGUGGGGGAAAUGAUUGAAUAACAUGUAAGUGUAACAAAAACUUAAACUAAAGUAAAAACUAAAAUUGGAAAAACUAUUCUGUAACCUGUAAUAAAAUAAUUAAUAAAAAUAUUUGAAAAACUAAAACUAUACUGAAACUACAAUUUAAGACCUUUUCAUUUUUUUUUUACUACACUGAUGUGUAUAAACCCUGGUUUACUGCCAGGGGGCGCUUUAUUGAAGCCACCGCAUAGCCAUCUUGGCACUCCUCAUUUGGAAGCUAUAGAAAUGCAUUUUUGAAAUGUCUACAUUAGUUUUUGACGUGUAUCAUAUUAGACACCUUAAAACACACUUUGAAAUUAUAUUAUGUGAGCUAAAACAUAAAAAAUGAAAAAAUAUAUAAAACAUUUCUUAGUCUUUUUUUAGAGAGAGUACUACUUUUACUGUGCCCACUACAACAACAAAACAUACUUAAAUACAUGUCAUUUUUUUCCUUCCGUCGGUUUAAAUGCUUCUAGUAGAUGAUGUUUCAAAUAGGCCUAACUUGUGCAUCACUAGUUAUCAGUGAAGAAAGGCAAAACCCCAUAUGAGAUUAUUUAGAGUAUAUUACUGGAAAGGACAAAAUGAAUUGUAUUGUAGUGUCAGAAGAUGGCAGCCAGUGUGGAACAGAGAUUAAAUAAAAUCAAGAUGAAGUCAAGGUGAGACAGCCUCCAGCUAUUACUAGCUCAACGUCAACCAGUAGCAGGUAACCUCGUUCAAAUUAGUUUAAAAAGAGAGAAGAAGCACUGUUUAAUUUAUUAAUCGAGUCUGUCACGUCUAAAGACUAUGCGAGGAGCCAGGCGUAUUCAACACUACCUAACAAGUGUUAAUUGUUGGUAAAAAAAAAAUUUAAACUGUGUGGUGGAUUGUUGACCUGCAUCAUUAAAAAAACGGAUGUUAAUUUCUGUCAACAAUCUAAAUACUGCUGGCUGUCACUCAAUAUGUUUUUCAGAUGCAAAAUUCUACAAUAUUACAUAAACAUAACAUGUUAAAUGUGGAUUUUUGUUGUUGCUUUUGUUGCAGCUGUUUUUUAUUAACCUUAUUUGAAGGUGUUAGUGAAUCUUACGUUUAACCUUAAUAAACUCUGGCUGAAAAUGUUAUUAGUUACAUAAUAUUUACACUGCAUCACAAGCGUUCAUUGUGGACAAUUUUAAAAAGGUUUGUGUGGCGGACUGUUCAUCCUCAUUCCUCAAUUCAUUCAAUUUUUGGCUGUCAUCCAAAAAUGUUUUUUUCAGUUUCAAAAUUCUACAAUAUUGCAUAAGCAUAACAUGUGCCUUGACUUAAUUUGUCCCAUCCCACCCCCCUCUCUGUCUUUCACUUAAGUAAAGGUAGUCUACUUGAUUCUUCUUACAUGUACUACUAAAGUUUAAAAAAAAAAAAAAGCUUUGGAUUGGUGUAAACAUGGGCAAGAGAGUUUCCUUCCACCAUAUUUAUUGCACCAGUCUAGGCUAUUAUUCUUUUAGAUCCAAGUCACAUCAAGAUUGAGCUAGCCAAACAUAUAACCUGGCCCAUCACUUUACGUUUUAAUGCCUGGUUUGCAUGUUAGGAAUCACGUCGGCUCUAUUCAUUUAAUUUCUAUCUGCAACGCUACUGAACAUGGCACUGGGCGAUGUAUAGUCAGAAGCAAGUUUUUAACGUUUUUUUAUAGGUAGAAACAAACAGAUUAGAUCCGAAUAUAGUAGACUUGACUGUCUAUAUAAGGUACAUGUAUUUAUACACAUGUGGUGGAUGUUUACUUUUCUAUAUCAGAGGAUGUGAAAUAGAACUUGGUGUUAAAAAGUAAAAUACAAUGUAUACAGAUAAUGAUUGACUGCUCCUAUAAUAUUAAUAAUAAUAAAAUAUUACUCAUUACAGUGUC